AUGCCACCAAAGUCGUCACGGGUAACCAGCUCGGGUCAGCUGCGCCCGCAUUCCCGAUCCUCAUCAGCCACGAAACUCGGCGCGAAUCUGCAGUUCACACAGAAAGAGCUCCAGGCCGCGAAGCACACCGACAGGUCGAAGAAGGCCUACCCUCACGAGGCACAUGCUCAUGGAGGGAAAGCGGCACCGCCAUUCGUGCGCGCCAACAGCAGUCAGCGCGUGCUCUCAAAGGAGCAGCUGGCCCCACAGACUAAGCGCCAGCAAGCGUACCCCGAUUCCAAGGUGAACAACAACGGCAAGGCCAAAGCGGGGUUCACGAUUGCCACCCCAAGUGAGGAUGGGGACGACGACGAGGGCUGGGUCUCCACAGAGAGCGGCGCAGCAACUCCGAACCACCAAGACUCUGACUCUGACUCUAACACAGCGUCUGAAGCUGAUGCCCCCGACCCACGGCAGCAGCAAACGCAACCACAGCAGGCCCGUGCCCCCCAACCGCCACAACAACCACAACAACAACCAGCUCAUCCUUCGACAAGACCCGAACCGACUCUCCCCCGUAUAGAUACCGCCCGCCCGGCUGAUUUCAAACAACUUUCUAGAAUGGAGCGCAACUCUACCAGCCGGCCUAGUCCGCCACCCGUACAACCGCACAUCCAGCAAAUUCCUUCGAUGGUUCCUCACCAACAGCAACAGCAAAGAGCACCCGCCACUAACAAUACGCGCAAGGACACUAUCCCCACCACCGACGUUCCCCAACCUCGCCUCAGCCCUCGCUCCAAGCGCCACUCUCGCCCGCCUUCGACGCACUCUAUCACGAGCAAGCUAGAAUAUCAAUUACGUCCGCAUCCGUUGAUUCGCGGGCAGUCAUACGGCAGCAUACACCCUCCCAAACCCGCACCUCUCGCCCCACUCACUGUCGUUCCAAAUUCUGCCCUGCCGGAGCUAUCGACCUCGCCAGGAAGUGCACACGACGGCGUCAAGAGCUACAUGUCAUCCUCGCCUACCAGCAUAAAGACCUCGUCUGGAUCACCCGCGUCUUCGGAUGUGCCACACUCUGGUUUCGGGGCUGACAGACGCUUCUCGAUCUCGUCUGCGAGGUCGGUCAACACGAUCCCCGUUGUGCAUCCGACGAUUAUCAGGACGAGCGACCGGACGCGUACCCUAUCGACCAUGUCGACCACAUCUUCCUCCGCGGCAUUGUCGUCAUUGGUGCACCUACCCACAGUUACGCGUCCACCCUCCCCACAGACGAUAUCUUUCUUCCCUCCUGUCAAUCCACAUGCAAACAUCGAAGGGAUACACCCUCUCCUCCCUCCUCCAUACAUGAGCAACCACCUUACUGUCCUGUCGAGAAGGACUCCGAUCAGGGAGGCCUUUGACCGUGUCAGCCGCGCGAAGAGCGCACGGUAA